AUGGAAAGCACUGGUUUGAAUUGGAAUAAGAAGUGUGCAGUGAUACACGUGAAGAGGGGACAAGUCGAGCAAGGAAGUGGAGAUAUGAAAAUAGCUGAUCUUAAACCUAUCGAGAGCCUGGACCACUAUAACACCUAUAAGUUCCUUGGCGUCUUCGAAAACACCAAGCAAGAGGAUAAGCAAGUAGUGGAAGCCGCAGCAAAGACAUACUUACAUAGGCUAUCAAUCAUCUGGUCCAGCCCAUUGUCAGAUCAUGCAAAGGUACUGGCGUUCAAUCAGUACGCUUUACCAGUACUUACAUACUUGAUGUGGACACAAACGUGGCCGAUAGCAAGCAUCUCACAGUUUGACCAAGAGGGAAGAAACAUCAUCGUGAAGAAUGGAGGAAAUCACCUCAAGGGAUCGACAGCGAUACUCUACGUGUCUAGGAUGCUCGGUGGAAGAGGUCUCAAGUCCGUGGACAAUGAAUACAAGAACAAUAAGAUCAAAGCAGCUGUAAAGCUUUAUUGCAACGCUGACCCUACGAUGGCAGCCGUAAGAUCGUUUGAAGAGCUAGCCGUACAAAGCGGACGCCACUCCAUCAUUAAAGAUGCUAAGAAGUAG